UCGGAGCGAAGGUUUUUCGUUCGCGAUACAUACUUAUCAAAGUAAAUUAGUUGCGAAUGGUAACCAAGUUUAAAGAAAAGUUAGUUGAUCGUCGAGAAACAUUAGUAGUUUGUUAAGGUGAUCGUAUCCUUAUCAUCGUCGCUGUAUCUGCUAUUCUUGAGAUGGAGAACUUGGAGGUCAUAGACGUGGACACGAUGCUCUGGCACGCCGGAGACUUCGGGCGCUUCCAAUUCAUUUUGAUAAUGCUCUUUAGUGUGAUAAACGCUUUCUCUGCAUUCCACUACUUCGGACAGACAUUUAUUAGUUUGGAGCCGGAACACAGGUGCAUAGUGGAGAACAACGAGGGGAUUGCAACGAGCUGCGGCGUAUCCUUCGCCAACGGUACCGUGGAGCCUUGCUCGCAAUGGGAGUAUAACUCCAGUUAUGGAUACAUCAGCCUGGUCCAAGAGCUGGAUUGGGUUUGCGGUGAUUACUGGAAAUCCUCGGUAGGUCAAUCGGUGUUCUUUGGAGGCUCGCUGAUCGGAAGCUUAUUGCUUGGUAUACUUGCUGAUCGUAUUGGACGCGUUCACGUCCUGGUUAUUGCUAACUUGCUUGCAUUCCUGGGAAACUUCUGCACGAUCUUCGUGGAGGAAGCUGUCUCAUACUCGAUCAUCAGAUUCAUCGCUGGAUGCGCUUCUGAUACAAACUUCGUGAUGAUGUACAUGAUUGUAAUGGAGUACCUCAGACCCAGCAUGCGCACGAUGGGUCUAAAUUUGACGAUCGGGAUAUUCUAUUGCAUUUCUUCCAUAUUGGUACCUUGGAUUGCUGUACUCUGUGGCAAUUGGCGAAACUUCCUCUUGGUCAUCUCGAUGCCUCACCUCGUUGUCGGCUUCUUCUACUUCUUGGUACCGGAGAGCGCACAAUGGUUGAUCAGCCGCGGGAAGUUUGCCGAAGCUAUGAAGUGUUUCCAAAGAAUAGCAAAAACCAACAAGAGACAGAUUCCCGACAAAGCCAUCCAAGGAUUGAAGCUGUACGCAACUGAAAACAUUAAAGAAGGCGCAAAGAAUGAAAGCUUCUUUGGACUACUAAAAACUCCCAAGCUACGAAGGAAGACAAUCAUUCUCAUAUUCAAAUCAAUGGUCCUGAAUCUCUGUUACGAUGCCAUCGCCAGGAAUGUGAACGGAUUAGGCCUCUCGCCCUUCAUAAUAUUCUCCGCAACCUCGGUGACGAUACUUCCCGGCUGCUUGGUAAUCUUGCUACUGCAAGAUAGGAUUGGAAGGAAGGCUUUAGCAUCUAGUUCGCUUUUCCUGGGGGGAAUUAUAAUCUCAAUAGCUGGUAUCAUAUUGGCUUCCUUCGAUUCUCCAAGUCUCACGCUGAUCUUAACUGUAAUAGCGCGUCUUAACGUUGUCGUUGCUUACAACUCCGGAAGUCAAUACGCGUUCGAGUUAAUCCCCACCGUUGUAAGGGCCCAGGGGGUUUCCGUGGUUCAUGUAGCCGGCUUCGCCGCGACUUUCUUCAGUCCGCAAAUCCUCUACCUUUCGACCUUUUGGAAGCCGCUACCAGAGAUUGUCCUUGGAAUCCUUCUACUGAUGUGCGCUGUAUUAUGCCUCUUCCUACCUGAGACGUUCAACAAGACGCUCCCUGUAACACUGCAAGACGGCGAGAACUUUGGCGAGAAUGAGGACAUGUUUAAGUAUUGUUGUUGCUUCAAAAAAGAUAUAACCGAAAGCACUAUCGUCUUAAACGAGGCUUAAAGGAUGCUACUAUUA